CAGAUAUAGUUAAUCAAAAAGUCAUGGUCAGUGGUAAUUUUAAUUUGGAGAAGCUAUUGAAAACUCUCAAGAAAAAAACAGGUAAAAAGGCAGAAAUCUUGAUGGUGAAUGAGAAAGCUGAUAUGGCUGAGAAAGAUGAUAUUGAUGAGAAAGAAGAUGAUGAACCUGCAAUAGUUCUGGAAGAAAACGAGGAACAUGAAACAAUUAUAGAGAACAAUGAAGAUGAAAAAAAAAUUGAAACCCCUCAAACAAGCACAACAGAAGUCGAAAUUCAUAUGGAAUUUCUAUGUGAGGCGUUAGAGGUAGACGUCGGAAAAGUUGUUUCUAAAUUUGAAGGCGAUUUUGAUAAGGAAAAGUUAUUGAAAAAACUUAAGAAAAAGAUGCGUAAAAGACUAGAAAAAAUGGAGCAGAAAGAAAAGGACAAACAACCUAUAAAGAAAGAUGAAGAAAUUGAAAUGGAUAGAGAUAUUUAUAUCAACCCGAGUAGUGAUGAUGAAAAAGAAAUGGCCAGGUAUAUGAUGUUUAGUGAUGAAAAUCCCAAUGCAUGUUCUAUUUCGUAAUGAAAUAUAGUCGAAACUAGUAUCUACCAUGAGAAACUUGAAAUAAUAAUGGAUUGUAUUUAUUUGGUGAUACUUUGUUAUUUUCUUUACCUUGAAAUAAUAUA